CAUUCGGUCUCUCGUCCAAUCCGCGCGGUGGAAGCCACAACACUUCCGGCCAAAACAUUAAGAGUUUUUAAAAUUGUCCGUUGAAGCUGUGGUAAUAAAUAUGUCCAAAGCAAUGUGAAUACAAAGGUUGAUUGCUAUCAGUAGCAAUUAGGUAUGAACAGGAAACGGGCUUUGAUUUCAGACACUUUCAAGGUGAAGAAAAGGAGAAAUGGAACACAAAAGUUUGGAGCAGUCAGCGAUGGAGAUGGGCCGACUGACAUCAGAUCCACCCUGGAGUAUCUCAUGACGCUGUUCCCCAGGAAGCUCUUCAACGACAGCUUGCCCCAAAUUGUCCUUAAGCACCAACUCUACAGCAUACACGAUAACAAGACCCUGGUGGACAAGGAGCUGAAUAAACUGCGAGAACAAGGAGAGCUGCUGAUGUUUCAGCUCGGCUUUGACGCCGACGCUUUCGGGCUGGUGUUUGCCGCGGAUUACAAGUCCAAAGUUCUGGCGGGGGAGGAUGGCCGGGCCACGCGCGCCACCGUGGAGCGCUUCUUGGAGAAAUUGCUGUCUCCUUGCACAGAGCUGAGCUUCAACAAAGACAAGAUGCUCAGGGAGUUUCACUUCACAGACUCCGCGAUCACGCAGCUGGUGAAGUCGGGGGUCCUGACUGUGAGGGAUGCAGGCAGCUGGUGGCUUUCCAUCCCCAACUCUGGCAAAUUCACCAAGUACUUCAUUCAAGGUCGGAAAGCAGUGCUGGGCAUGGUGAAGAAGUCCAAGUACAGCGAAGUCCUACAGGCAGAGCUAGAGGAGCGGCGAACAACCUCGCAUGUGAAAUUCCACAUGAAGUACCACAUCCAUGACAUUGUGGGCGCAGGGCUGGUAGAAAGCAUACCUACGACUUCAGGGACAUUGUUGCGAUUUGUUGACUCCUGAAACUCUGCAACAAGAUGGAAAAUCUGUUCUUGGUCAAAGCCUUGGACAAAGAUAAGACUGAUAAAAAAUUGAUUUCCAUUCAAUUGUGGGACAAAUGCCUUAUUAAAAAACCUUGUGGGUUUAUGAAUAGUCUAAUAUGAUCACAUGACCUUGUCAGGUUUUUGAUUUGAUAUAAAUAAUUGUUUUCUUUGCCUCGUGCAAUAUAAUUUAUGUGCACACGUUAGAAGCAUUUAUCAGAAUCCACUUUAUUGCCCCCGACUACGACUAUACGACUGCUCCUUGAUGUUUGAACUUUGAGGCUCGUCACCAGCCUCUCUGGUGUUUCAAAGAGUAGCCCGAUCAAAGCCUCACAACUGAGGAGAUAAUGCAGAUGUUAGUUGGUGUUUAAUUUUUCGAAUAACUGGCCACUUUACCUUUAGCAAGAUCACAAUGUCCAACCAGUAUUACCUUGGACUUUGCAGUUUGUUGCUGCAUGCGAUUUGAUGUUCUUCCAUCUUCAUUUGUAAAUUAGGCAGAAAAGUUCCAUGUAGACUCCAAUAUUAAACAGUGUUGAAUACCUGACAGCCUCAUUGAAAUGUUUAUGGAAGAACUGUUAUUGCAUUUUUGUACAGGUAUAAAUAAAAAAGGAAACUGGUCCUUGUUUUUUGUCCUUAA